UACUAUCUCCCCUGUGCUUCGAAGGCCGGGAGAGCGGAUGGGGUGGGGGCGCGAGCUCAAGGUAGAGAUGAGAUUUGUGUUCAGACGGUCGUACAUGUGAGUUUGAAUUUGAAGUACAUCGCAUUCCUGACAGUGAUGGUUCGCUUUAAGAACAGGUACAUAGCGGUUGAAGUAAAUCCUUUAGGGGUGUCUGGGACCAAGUCAUACGCCCUGAGUCAGAAAGAUUUGCACUUGUCUGUCGUGAGUGCCGUCCAGACAUUACAUGGAGAUUUUGGUGUAGCAGCAAUAAGCAAUGGAUUUACAACAAAGUAUUGUAAUGAAGUAACAAGAAUAGCACUAAUACGUGUGAGACAUGGUCCGCAUCGAAUACUUGCGUCAACACUGCCAUGUGUAACACAUGUGGGACACAAGCCAGCCACUAUGCGGACUAUCUUCAUUGGAGCAACUUUAAAGAAGUGUUUCUUGUUUCUCCAGCGGUAUCAGCGUUCUGCACUAGACAAAAUGUGGGCUAUGCAACGGACAGACGCUGAGCGCCAAGCAUUGGAAGCUGCUGUGAUGGACCUGACUGCCCUUGAUGAAUGGACAGCGAAACGUACUGAAGUUGACACCAAAAAGACUCAAUUAUGAGCAUGUGGAGCUUGGCUUUUCAUGACUGUAAAUGAAAAAGGUACUUAGAUUAUAUGGUAAUAAAUUUUUGUUCAUAUUUUGAUAAAAA